UCAGUCAGCGUUUGACUCAGUAGAGGCAGAAGGGAUCCAGGAUUUCCACUUGUCAGUUAACUCCACGAUACCGAAAUCAAGUGCAUCCCUUCAGCCAACAUGUCAAAGUUGGAUCAGAUCCUUAUCCUCGACCCUCCGUCUGACCUCAGAUUUAAAGGCCCUUUUACAGAUGUAGUCACCACCAACCUCAAACUGAGGAACCCUUCUGACAGAAGAGUGUGUUUCAAAGUGAAAACAACAGCGCCGCGUAGGUACUGCGUACGGCCAAACAGCGGUGUCAUCGAUCCUGGAUCAAGUGUCAGCAUCUCUGUCAUGCUACAGCCCUUUGACUAUGACCCCAAUGAGAAAAGUAAACACAAAUUCAUGGUGCAGACGAUUUUCGCCCCGCCAAACGUCACCGACAUGGAAUCAUUGUGGAAAGAUGCAAAGCCAGAUGAUCUCAUGGACUCCAAGCUGAGAUGUGUCUUUGAGCUGCCUUCUGAAAAUGAUAAAGUGAAUGACGUGGAGGCGACCCGAGCCGCCCCCGUGAUGAACUCCGUGAAGGCGGAGUCGUCGGCAGCCGCGGUGCCUGUCGCUGCCGGAGCGGACGACGCGGAGAUGAAGAAAGUGCUGGAGAAGUGCAAGAGACUGCAAGCUGAGAUGAACAAGCUGAAUGAGGAGAACCGGCAAUUAAAGGAGGAAGGUUUGAGAAUGAGAAAGAUGCCCCGCUCAGACCACAUGACACCAAACUCGACCAGCCUGCUCGGCCGGGAAGCCAGCGCAGCCUCCCUACCAUCCCUCCUCGUUGUCAUAGCAGCCAUCUUCAUCGGAUUUUUCAUAGGGAAGUUCAUCUUGUAGACUGGGAGAAGCAUGCCAGCCGUAUCCCAUGCCUCGGCUCUGGAAUUAAAAAAAAAAAAAAAAAAAAAAAGGCCUGGAAAAACCGAGAAGUCUUUCUGUUGACUUUUGCCAUAUCAUUGGUAGUGUGGCCUACAGUGAACACAUCUGUACAGUAUCAUUUGAAGGCACCGCCUUUUUACAAUCUCACACAGUUAGUAUGCACAGAGUUGAGUGAGGAAAGGCGACAAAAGUGAUUGCUCCCUUUUUUCUUUUCUUCCCCCCCCCCUUCUUCUUCUUUGUUUUGUUUUUUUUCUUUUCCUGUAUAAACCAGAUAUCCAAUGUGGUGGGACAAUGAAAGUUGUAUACUAUCAGUCAACAUGGAAGAUGCACCUAGAGUUAACCAUGGGCAAGAAGCACUCAAAAGAAUAGAGCUCUCUCUCUCGCUCCCUCUCUCUCUCGCUCCCUCUCUCUCUCGCUCUCUCUCUCGCUCUCUCUCUCUCUCGUGCUCCCUCGCUCUCCCUCUCUCUCGCUCUCUCUCGCUCUCUCUCUCUCUCUCUCUCUCUCUCUCGUGCUCCCGCGCUCUCCCUCUCUCUCGCUCUCUCUCAAUACUACUUCUGUUUUUAAUAGGAAUUGAAUGGAAUGUUAGGUGUCUUGUAAAUGUCGUUUUAAAUCCUUUUAAACAAAAAAGGACAGAACUUCCAUCAUAAAGACGUUGCUACCUGUUGCUGGAUUGCCUCUGAAGUAAAAUCUGUUCGGUUUGUAAUUUCUUCUACUUGUGUUGGAAUGUUCAGGCCCAGCUGGGGAUAUAGGUGCCUCCUUCUUGUACAUUUGUCUUUAUCUCUCAAUACAAAUACAGACUUGUUGUUAUUAUUAUUAUUAUUAUUAUUAUUAUUAUUAUUGCUACUACUAUACAAAUCGUAUAUCCUUCUGAGGCAGUUAUUGACUGAAAUAAGGUUUCCAUUCUUAAAGUCCUGUCAAAGGUAUUCAACAUUGAAAAAUAAAAAUGAAAAAUGUGGUUUUCA